AUUGAAAUGGGCGGCCCUAUUUUUAUCUGGCUGGCCAACGUGGAUGUGUAUAAAUACAAUUUAUAAUAUCUUAGUAAAUCUAAGAGUAGUGGACUAGUUUGCUAAUCAUGAGUGAGAAUAAUAAUACGAAGUGGGUUGUCUUCAUAGCUUUGAUUAUCGAUUUAAUAUCAUUUACUGUGAUACUACCUCUAUUUCCGUCGAUUUUGCGGCAAUAUGCUCAAAAUAAACAGGAUACCUUCUACUCUCUCGUUCAAGGAACUGUCCACCAAUUCCGUCAACUUGUUGGAGCUCCAGAUACUCCAAGAUGGAAUUCUGUACUCUUUGGGGGACUCUUAGGGUCAAUUUUCUCAUUGAUGCAAUUCCUAUCCUCUCCAUUAAUUGGAGCUCUUUCAGACGUCUAUGGCAGGAAGAGAGUUCUUCUCUUGACUAUGUUUGUCAACGCGUUUUCCUAUCUUAUUUGGGCAAUAAGCGAUAAUUUCACUUUGUUCGCAAUAGCAAGAAUACUAGCGGGAAUAAGUGAAAGCAACGCGAGUCUUAGUAUAGCAAUAAUGACAGAUAUCACGAAUAAGGAGAACAGAGGAAAAGCAAUGGCUCUUAUUGGUAUUGCAUUCUCUAUUGGUUUUGUUGUAGGACCUAUCAUAGGAGCGUUUAUAACUACAUACAAAAGCGGCACAUCUUUCAUAUUCAGUCCAGCCUUGUUUUGUUUAACAUUAAUUGGCAUAGAAAUGAUAUAUCUUAUAAUAUUCUUGAAAGAAAGUCUUCCGAAAGAAAAGAGGAGAAAAUCUGUUACAAGCGAAGCUUCCAAUCGUUUAUCACUUAUUAAUCCAUCCAGUCUCUUUAAUUUUUCACCCGUCAACGGCUUUAAACAGAGAGAUCGAGAUCUGUAUGAUAAUAUGCAACAAGGCAAAAUGUUCCUCUUUAUUGGUAUACUGAUGGCUUCUGUUCAAGGAGGCUAUACACGAAGAAUAAAACCGGGAAAAGAAAUUAAGACAGCAUCUUUUGCUGUUUUCCUACUUAUUCCGGCAUUUAUACUAAUAGCUUUUUCAUAUUCAUUGAUUCAAUUUUAUAUUGGGCUGAGCUUUUAUGCUAUUGCUUCGGCAGUGGUUGUACCUUGUCUAACGACAGUUACAACAAAAAUUGGUCAAGAAAAUCAAAAAGGAGCCAUUUUAGGUAUCCUACGAUCUCUGGGUUCAUUAGCUCGUGCAUCAGGACCUGUGUUUGCUUGUUCAGGUAAAUUUCAAUGUUCUGGUGUUUUGGGGCCGCAGUUUGCUAUGUUAUUGGAAGUAUAG